ACUGAGUGACUAAGUACACACAAUCUGAUCUGGACCCUGAGUGUUAGCCAGUCCCUAAAGUUUUCUUCCUGGCUGUGUACAUACACACACACACACACACACACACACACACACACACACACGACAGGUAGUCACAUGAAGUACCUUUGGAGGCCCAGCAGCAUGUACACACCGCAUGGAUAUUAUACACACUCAGCGAGUUAGCCACCUGGAGUCUGUCCUCCGGAUGGUUGUAAUAAUAUUUGGGCAUCUUGCCAGGGGUUACUAUGGGAACAACCAAACUGCAUAGUAGCCAGCAAGGUUUCUACAUAAUUAUGAAGAGGGGACCCAUGCAGGGAGGGCUGGCUGAGGGGCGGAGAUCCCUUUCCUUCCUCAGGCAGGUCUGGGCUGCUGCAUGCGUGCUGGCUCUGGGCUUGCGUGCUCCCCUCUGUCUGCUCUGCAGCUUGGUAUCUCUCCCACAUGUGGUCUUUGUGUCUCUCCCUCUCUCUUGGUCUCUGGACAGCCUCUGUUGGCUGUUUGGGUCCUGGCCAAACUCAUCCUGGGGUCUCUAUAGUAACUGCUGAUUCCCAGCUGUGAAUUUCGGGUCCUAGAAAACCCAAUGUGUUGGCUUUAGAAAUCUUUCUGGAAAGGAGAGAAGGAUGUAUGUUGUAAAAGAGCUCUGGGGACUUGGCUGCCCUCCCAGGCCCCACCCCAUGGGCUUUUCCUCUGGGAAAGUGGAGGGAGGUACCGUGGCUGCUGGCUACAGGUUGGAUUUCUGAACUAAGAAGUAAGCACAUCAGCUAGUCCAGACCUGGGCUUUGCCUGUCCUCCCUGGACCCAGCCAGGGCCUGGCUGGGCGCUUGGUGGGCUGUGGACAGAACUUUCUGCCCGGCUUCGGCAGGCCUCCCUGACAGCCUAUAGCCUGUCACUGGGCAGCUUGUGGCCAGGUCGUGGAUGGGAGAAGAUGGGUGGGUGGCGGUGCCCACAUUCGGAGAUUCCCGAGUGUGCCUGGGAGGGGCGCCAUGCAGCAGGCCUCCAUCCGGGCAUGUGGUGGCCUCCCUAUGGAAGCGGCAGUAGCAGUCGUUUUACCCAGACCCUCUGCAGUUACCUGCAGAGUCUGGGACUGGGCCAGGGGUCAGGCUGGAGCUGUGUGUUCCCAGCUUUGGGGGCCUAAGGACCAUCCUCAGUAUUUCCUGCUUGAGCUCCAGGCCUAGAACCUGUGUGGUCAGCAUGUGGUGUGUUUCCAAGGAGCUGCUCCGGGGCCUGGCCAGAGCCCAGGGGCAGUUGGUGGGAUGCCCUCUUCAGACUUAGGGUGUUCAUUUCCCCAGUGUUUCCACGGAAGGAGGCUUCCUGGAGCAGUGAUGGGAGGAAGGAAGGGUGACACCCCCCACCCCAGCAUCAUGCAUCGGACCACACGGAUCAAAAUUACCGAGCUGAACCCUCACCUCAUGUGCGCCCUCUGUGGGGGGUACUUCAUAGAUGCCACUACCAUCGUGGAGUGCUUGCAUUCCUUCUGCAAAACCUGCAUCGUGCGCUACCUGGAGACCAACAAGUACUGCCCCAUGUGUGAUGUGCAGGUCCAUAAAACCCGGCCACUGCUGAGCAUCAGAUCUGACAAAACCCUUCAAGACAUUGUCUACAAAUUGGUCCCUGGGCUUUUUAAAGAUGAGAUGAAACGGCGGCGGGAUUUCUAUGCAGCCUACCCCCUGACAGAAGCUGAGCCUUCCCAGCUCGCUCCUUCUGCAGUCCCCAACGGCUCCAACGAGGACCGUGGUGAGGUUCUGGAGCAGGAGAAGGGAGCUCUGAGCGACGACGAGAUCGUCAGCCUCUCCAUCGAGUUCUAUGAAGGUGUCAGAGACCGGGAAGAGAAGAAGGGCCCCUUGGAAAAUGGGGAUGGUGACAAGGAGAAGCAGACAGGUGUGCGCUUCCUGCGGUGCCCAGCAGCCAUGACUGUCAUGCAUCUUGCCAAGUUUCUCCGCAACAAGAUGGACGUGCCCAGCAAGUACAAGGUUGAGGUUCUCUAUGAGGACGAGCCACUGAAGGAAUACUAUACCCUCAUGGACAUCGCCUACAUCUACCCCUGGCGGCGGAAUGGCCCUCUCCCCCUCAAGUAUCGCGUCCAGCCAGCCUGCAAGCGACUCACCUUGCCCACAGCACCCACCCCCUCCGAGGGCACCAAUACCAGCGGGGCAUCCGAGUGUGAGUCAGUCAGUGACAAGGCUCCCAGCCCUGCCACCCUGCCGGCCACCUCCUCUUCCCUACCCAGCCCAGCCACCCCCUCCCAUGGCUCUCCCAGCUCUCAUGGCCCCUCGGCCCCCCACCCCACCUCCCCCACUCCCCCUGUGACAGCCGGUGGGGCCACUGCCGCUGCCAACGGGGGCGCCUCAAACUGCCUGCAGACACCAUCCUCCACCAGCAGGGGGCGCAAGAUGACUGUCAACGGAGCUCCUGUGCCCCCCUUAACUUGAGGAAAGGGACCCUCUCCCUCCUUUUCCAGCCAUGCCUCUCCACCCCUCCACUUUUUCUGGGCCCCGUUUUUCCACCUCUUCUAUUUUCCCCAGCUCCUCCCACCUUAGGGGUGGGGGAUGGGUUUUAUAAAUAAAUCUAUAUAUAUAUGUACAUAGGAAAAACCAAAUUAUACAUACUUAUUUUUUAUGGACCAACCAGAUUAAUUUAAAUGCCACAGGAAACAAACUUUAUGUGUGUGUGUAUGUGUGGGGGAUGGGGUGUUCAUUUUUAGGGGGUCUUGUGGAAUUCUCUCUGCUCUUUUUGGGAGUGCCUAGAGGUGGAAUUGGAGGGGCCACUUGAGGCCCAGUAGCACUCUGCGCAUCCUCCUCCUGUUUCCCAAGACAUAUGGGGUGCUGAGGGGCCCCACCAAGCCCCAAAACUUUAGGCACAACUCUAAUUGGCUGUGUAUGGGGUCCACUCUGUUUCUUUCCCCCUCUUGGCUGCUGUCCUACCCUUACCCUGAUCAGUGCCCUCCCCCCACCAUUGUUGAAUGUUCAGAGAAUUGCAAAGACAGUGCCUUUUACAAAUGCAGCCUAUCGCCUGGUUUUGAGGAGCAAGUGGGCAGUGGAGAGGGCAUCUCCCUUACCUCCUCCUCGUGCAGUGGGAACUUUGUAUAAAGAAUAGAUAGUUUUGCCUCCCCCCUCCCCUUGCCCCCAACGCCCCCAUGUGUGUGGCCUUUGCAUCAUUUAUCUUGUGAAAAAGAAGAUUCAGGCCACAGGAGGCCUCAGCCCUUGAACUUCCCCUGUGGUGUUAACAUCGUGAACUGCUUUAUUCCUUCUCCCCCACCGCCACCCAGAAGGCCGCACUAGCAAGGCUGCUGGGGCAGUCUCUUUGGGGGCUGGAGUGGAGAGGUGGAGGCAGGGUGACCUCAGAUAAGCACAGACCCCAGAUUUGGCCAAAGGCAAGCAGUUCUCCAGUCCCCUCCCCACCCGCAGCUGAGGCCAAGUCAGGAAAGAGCAACAGAGAUAUCUGAAAGCACAAGAAGACAGAGCCUGUAAGGUCUGACCUCAGCUCCAUCCUGAGGAGUCCAGUGGUCCACCCCCGAGGGAUAGAUCCCAGGAGACCCCUGCCCACCUGUUUUUCCUCCCAUGUACAAAGAUCGGACUGGGGAGGGGAGGAGGCAGCACUCUAUCACAACUACAUGUUUGGGGCCGGGCAUCCCCCAGUGGGUUUGUCUGUGUUCGCACCUUGUCCUGUGUCUGAGGUGCUGUGGCUGUGCCCUUCUGCCCUGGGAUGUUUGUAUCUCUGGCUUUAAUAAAUGCUGCAUACUCUC